AUGGAUUUUGUAACAGGGUUGUCUUUAACUUCUGCUAAAAAGGAUUCAGUUUGGGUAGAAUUAUGUGAACGUUGGAUAUUGGGUCUUAAGCUGGUUUCUAAAACUGAGAACACUUUGAGAGUAAUUAGGGACCAACUGAAAGCCGCAUCUGAUUGGCAAAAGUCGUAUGCUGAUAUAAAAAUGAAAGAUAUUGAGUUUUCUGUUGGUGAUCAAGUUUUCUUGAGAGUGUCACCGUGGAAAAAGGUCAUCCGAUUUGGAUGCAAAGGCAAGUUAAGCCUGAGAUUCAUUAACCCUUAUCGUAUCUUGAAGCGUGUCAGACCCGUUUCUUACCAGUUGGAAUUACUGCCGAAGCUAGAUCAAAUUUACGAUGUAUUUCAUGUCUCGAUGUUGAGGCUGUAUCGGUCGAAUCCGUCACAUAUUGUUGCUGUCAACGAGAUUGAAUUGCAACCAGAUUUAACAUUCAAAGAGGAACCUGUCCAAAUCCUGAAACAUGAAGUUAAGAUGUUGAGGAAGAAAACGAUUCCUCUAGUGAAAGUCCUGUGGCAAAACCACGGUACUGAGGAAGCCACAUAG